AUGAGGCCAUAUGGACAUGUGACGGUCCAGGAGGAAAGUACGUUGUGUAUUAAAGCUUUUAUUAACCUAAAGAUUAGUGAAAUCUGUGCCGCUGUCAGAGCUCGGAUUGUAUUUCCAUUGACUAUUGGAGUAAUGAUUAGUGGCUAUCUUCUGUAUCGAAUGAUUAACAGUAAAAUAGCAAAAAACGGCAAAGUGAAUCGAGCAAUCAGCAAAGAUGUUGCUCAGGUGGUUCACAGUUUUGAUGUAGAAGAUUUGGGUGAAAAAACAGCCUUAUGCAGAUGUUGGAGAUCUGAUAAGUUCCCUUACUGUGAUGGUGCUCACGUGAAACACAAUCUAGAAACUAGAGAUAAUGUUGGACCUUUAAUCAUAACAAAAAGCCCUUGA